AUGUCGCCUUACCAGUACCUUUUCAAAUACAUCAUCAUUGGAGACACAGGUGUCGGGAAAAGCUGCCUACUCCUGCAGUUCACCGACAAGCGUUUCCGGACUGACCACGACCUGACCAUCGGCGUCGAGUUCGGCGCGCGGCUGAUCUCGAUCGCAGGGCGCCAAGUGAAGCUGCAAAUAUGGGACACCGCAGGACAAGAGUCCUUUCGAUCGAUCACUCGGUCCUACUACCGCGGAGCUGCGGGCGCCCUCCUCGUCUACGACAUCACAAGGCGAGACACGUUCAUUCACUUGACGCGGUGGCUCGAUGAAGUUCGCCAAAACUCGAACCCUCACAUGACGAUCAUGUUGAUUGGCAACAAAUGCGACCUCGAGCGCCGAGAGGUCAGCUUUGAUGAAGGCGCGGCCUUUGCGCGUCAGCACGGUUUGAUUUUCUUGGAGACCUCGGCCAAGACUGCUCAGAAUGUCGACGAGGCGUUCAUUCUGACGGCGCGAAAGAUCUACGAGAACAUCCAGCGAGGCAUAUACGACCUUAGCAACGAAGCUCACGGCAUUAAGUGCGGUCCCAUCAACUCUUACGGCAGUCGCCAAGGCUCAGAGCAACCGCGUAGCCUGGCGGAGCAGAGAUCGGCAAGUUGCUGCUGA